UUAUCAUUGUACUACAGCCAUCUCAGACCUAAGUGCACUUAUUUAUUUAAAAUGAAAUUUGGACUUGAUGAAUUGGGUAAUCCCAUAUCUGAACCAUUUGGUAGCCUUGAGGACAUUUUGCAGUGGAGUGCUGGCAAGUUUUCCUUUCAUGCUUCAAACAAUUUUCAUUUGGACAACUUUUCAAAUGAUAAAAAUAUACCCAGAAAAGUGGUUAAGCCUGUUAGACCACAGCUACUUGUAUGUCAUGAUAUGUCAGGUGGAUACUUAGAAGACAGGUUUAGUCAAGGCAGCAAGGUUGCAUCAGGAUACCGGUUCUACCAUUGGCAUCUAAUUGAUACUUUCGUCUACUUCAGUCAUCAUUUCAUUACCAUACCACCAAUAGGAUGGAUCAAGGCUGCCCACAAACAUGGUGUCACUGUUCUAGGAACCAUAAUUACUGAAUGGGAUGAUGGAGCAGAGACUUGUAAAAAUUUGUUAAAGUCCAAGCAGUUCAUUGAUGAAAUUACAGCUAAGCUGGCACAAAUGGCUGCUUUCUAUGGCUUUGAUGGUUGGCUCAUCAACAUUGAAAACAAAAUUGAGACUGAUCAAGUUCCACUCCUGGAGUAUUUUGUGCAGAGCCUUACAGCCAAGUGCCAUGCUAUCCUGGACUUUGCCAAAGUUCUGUGGUAUGAUAGUGUCACAGUCAAGGGAGAACUGGACUGGCAGAAUGAACUGAAUGCAGCCAACGAAAUCUUCUUUCACGUGUGUGAUGGAAUAUUUCUAAACUAUUGCAUUACAGAAGAAAAGUUGGAACAGUCUAGGGUGUUAGCUUCUAAAACAGGCCGUGAAUUUGAUGUUUAUGUUGGAAUUGAUGCAUUUGGACGUGGGACACCAGGAGGGGGAGGAUUCAAUUGCAAGGAGGUUUUGAAAAUGGCACAGGACCACAGUCUUUCUUCUGCCAUCUUUGCCCCUGGAUGGACCCAUGAAUUUCUCAAGGGAGAUAACUUUGAGGAUAAUGAAAUUAUGUAUUGGGGAAUAAUAGCACAGCUGGUAACUCCGAGGCCUGUUACAAUACCUUUUGCUACAUCCUUUUGCCAGGGGUUUGGUCAUCACUAUUACAUUGAGGGUCAGCAAAUAUCCAGCCAAACACCUUGGUGUAACUUGCUGACACAACAGAUCCAACCCAGCUUCACACAGAGUCAGUUCUUGUCCUACACUGUGACCAAGUUCAUUGAUCAAGUGGCCAAUGAGGAGGCUGGGGUCAAAGAAAAAGUUCGGAUAGAGACCAGUGUAAGCCAUCUUCAUCCAGCCAGCCCAAAGAUGGAGCUAGAUUUACACACAGCCUACAUCGGUGGAGGCUCUCUGAAGAUGACAACAAAGGGGAACGAGCCUGUGUGGUUUAAGAUGUUCAAGGUAAACAGCAAAAACUGUAAAAAUAUAAGUGUAACAGUGACCUGGAAGAUUGAUGAGAGUAGGACAAAUUUUGCAAUGGUAUUGUGUAAUUCAGCAGGGGAGAGUACCGCAGGGUCCUAUGUUAUACUGGAGUUGUCCCCCUUGGGUGAUAAUCACAAGGAAUGGAUAGGAGGUGUCUACUGCGCUAAGUUGUACUGUAGUGUUACAUCUAAACAGGAGCCUAGGCUUUUGGCUGGAGGAUUCAUGAGCAGCACAUUUCAUGUGGAUACAAGUGGCUUCUUAGAGGGCAGCAACCCAGAAUUUAUGCUCUGUGCAGUACUACUUCCACAACAUUCAGAUGUGGAUGGAAGUGGUUUGUGUUGCCACAUUGGGCAGAUUGUGAUCUGUGAAGAUAGCUCAAAGCAUGAGAUCCCCAAACCAAGUAUAAAAAGUCUGUGGUGUUUGGGUGUGCAGACUGAGCUCCCACUGUCCACUCAAGGCAAAGAAAAAAUUGUCCUGCACCCAUGCCUCAACAUGUACGGUGUUGAAGAAGGCGGACUUGAUGAGAACUCUGUCACUGGCAGUGUAUCAGAGCCUAGCAGCAGAAGCUUCUCAGACCUCAACCUCUGCGUUCCCAUGUCCUCCAUCUCAACUGCAUCCCUCGAGGCCUCCGCCAGCUCGUCUUCCAUCGCGUCGGAAAGUACUUUUUAUGUUCUAAAAUGGGAUACUUUAUCCGUGGAAAGUGUGGAUUAUUUCCUAGUCUUUUCUUAUGAUCAGCGUGGGGUUAAGACACUUCUGGGCCAGGUUGCUGCUCAAACUUUUGUUUAUAAAAAGACUGAACAACACUUGUCCUCAUUUGCUGUGGUGCCAGUGUUUCUUUCCAACAACUUUCUAGGUGAUGAAGUUGUUUUUUAUCUUUAAUAUUUAUACAUCAAGAGGACGACUUUUUAAAUGCCUGAAUUGAUUUUGCCACUUAGUUCUGCAGAGAAUAAGAUUACACAUAAGGCGACCCCCUUGAGUUUCUUUUUUAAUUUUUGAGGCAAAAGCUAUGAGGGAAUUUAAUUUUUAUUAAAGUUGCUUAAAAAAACG